AUGUUUCCAGAUUUUACACUUAUGCCGGAUACGGAUUAUUUAUGUUAUGGAGACACUUUUACGUUCGAAUUAAAGCCGAAACACGGCUGGACACCUUAUGUAAUAAAUGAAAACGAAAGUUCAGAAUAUGCCAAAUGUCCAUAUUGCUUAACGCAAUUUCUGAAAUUCAAAAAAGGAAAGAUCAAUAAAAUCAGCGGAUACUGCCCUUUGGAUCUCUUUUCUGGUAACAUUCAAAGAAUGACCAAAGCUCUCAGAAGUAUUAUCGAAGUGCCUCAAAAUAAUUUUAAAGUAUUUCGUAAUGGUCAUGCUGUGGAUCGUAGUGAUUUGAAAAUGCUUUUAGAAGACUUAUUUCAAACAAAUCUUACUACUGAUAAUGCAGACAAAAACAUGGUUAAAGAAUAUUCCCAAAUCUUAAAGGAGGAUGUUGAUGGACAACUUAUGCAAAAAACCAACUACGAUUGCAGUGACGAUUCGGAACAAGUAGACUAUUCACAGUAUAAUACAAAUAACAUUGGUGAUACAUUAAAAAAUUAUGUUCACGAAUCUCAGUCCAAUUCCCACAAGAAACUAAAAACAUCACAUUGUUCAGAUUCUGGAUAUUCCGAACAAAUUAAUUUUAAGCCACCGUUUAAUGUAUUGAGCGAAUUGGCCAGUCUUAUAUGCGUUACAUUAUUAAAAAAUUUUAAUGCAAAAGAAGAUGAACUCAAUGCAACAUGUUUAAACAACCAAACCGUCCAUUAUGAUAGUUCUAAACAUAAGUACUUAAGAAAAUUACAUGAACUUGGUUUAAAAACCUGCCAAAGAAAUAAUUAUCAAUCAAAUUUACCAAAAGGCUGCAUUUUGGAAAGAUUAUUGAGACUGCAACUUUUGGACUGUGAUGUCACUUUAGAAACUCUAUCAAAAGGUAAAGGCUAUCAAUAUAUUGAAGGAACUUUAAAGGUUUUAGAGGACCCCAAAAGAUCCUUGAAUGAUCUCACGGAUCUGGAAAGGUCCAUGAUGGCAGCUACUGUUAAAGAUUGUUCGGUGAUGCUGACUUUUAGAAGAAUUAAAGAUGAAGUAAUUUCUAAAAAUAAUAAAAGUUCUACUAAUUUUAAAUCCCUUUGCUGUGGCGAUAGUUUAAACGGAUUUUGCGAAAGCAUGCCAGGAGGUGUUCAACUAGAUAAUUUCGAAAAUCAAAUUGUAGAACUCAAUGGCCAAAGAUUUAUGGCCAGGGUUUCUGUAAUAGAUCUAGAUCUGAAACCUGAAUCUAGAAUAGAUAAUUACUUGAAACAUAUUCAAGAUAUGUUUGAAGCAACUUUAGAAUUUUUAAAUAAACAGAAAAGUGACUCACAAGAACAUUAG